AUGGCAAUCCUUAUGGUGACCUCGUCGCACUUCAGACUAAUUAAAAUUUAUGGGAUGUCUAAUGGAAAUCCUAAGUGACCUAUAAGUAUGUAAACACAAAUGUUUGGACAUUUCUAAUUUGACACGCUGGAUUGGAGUGUAUCUAUGUCAAGUAGUACGUUUUGCAUAAAAACUUGCUCUCUAUUCAUUGCAUUAUUUCUAGAAAGCACGUAAAAUAUCUUAAAAUUCCAAAUUAAAUCAAUUUUAAUUUAAAGAUCAUUUUAAUUUGUAACAUAAAGCAGAGAUAGAGAAUGUUUAAGACAUUUAUAGAAUAUUAUCAAACUCUUUUUUAGACGUGGGUUAUUACCUGAAAUAUCAAAAUGAAAUUACAUAACAUUAUCUAGCAUCACAAGUAACAAAAUUUGAUUCAUAAUUAUUGAAAUACAAAAAAUUUGUAUAUCAACUUAAAUAACUUGAAGAUUUUUAUGCCUAAAAAUAAAUAAAUAUUUUUAUGAAGAUUUUUAUGUUUAAAAAUAAAUAAAUAGAUAAUACUAAUAUAUAAAGUGAAGUUAUUUUAAAAAGAAAGAAACAGCGACUUUAUCUUUCUCUGAAAUUUUGAAAUUGUGCAAGAAUUAAACAAAUUUAAUUUAUCAAAACGUCUCACGCUAUAAAAGAUAUUGUUUGAAAAUUUGAAAUCAAUAGAAUGAAUAGUAACCAAUAUACUAUUAUAGAAUGUUGAUGACAAUUUAAAAAACGUAAGAAUGAAACUUUUUUCAAUUCUCUAAAAUUAACUAGAUCUUUUUAAUUAUAUACUCAUUCAACAAAUCUUAGAAUAUAUUCAUAAAUAAUUAUGAAUACCAAAAUACAUUAAUAAUCUCGAAAAUAACAAUAAUAAUGAUAACAUGAAAUAUUAGCUAUUUAUUUAUCUAUAUUUAUAUAAUAUUUAUUAAUUAUAAUAUUUUAAUAUUUUGAGAACAAUUCGAAAAAUAUUCGAAUCAUGUUUAAAAUUCAAAUUCAAUAAAUUCAAAUUUUACAUCUUUGAUAUCAGAAAUGGUGACAUUUAUUCUAGUGAUAUUUCGUUUUGGCAAGUGUGUACCUUGAUACUCGACGUUGUCAAGAAUAAAGUGGCAAAAUUCACCGUACAGGGUAUAGCUGUCAUGUGGACGUGUCGGAAACGGAGGAAAGUAAACGGGAAUCAUAGUCGCGACAAUGACGUCGCGCGACAGGACCAAUGA